AUGGCUCGAACCCAGGGCCGUGUGAAAAGCUUUAAUGGAGCCAAAGGCUUUGGCUUCAUUGACAUUGGUUCAGGCACGGACGUCUUUGUCCACAUCAAAGACUGCAUAGAUGACAAGCAGCCAGUGCCGGGCGAUGUUCUGACCUUCACCAUGGAGCCAAGCCAGUCGAAGCCUGGACAAAUGGUUGCCAAGAGCGUUGAGGGCAGCACGGGCGUGAAGGAGAUGCCUCAGUACCCAGUGGAGCCCGCUCCGGAAAUCCCGGGCACGGGCGCGCACGUAGGCAAAGUGAGAACGUGGAACGACACCAAGGGCUACGGCUUCAUUGAUUUGCCGGGGCAGCCGAAUGUUUGGCUACACGUGAAAGAAUGCGUCAACACGCAGCCGCAGCAAGGUGAUUGGGUCCGAUUUGAUGUCCAGCCCAGUGAGACCAAGCCGGGGCAACAGGUAGCCAAAAAUGUGACGGGCGGGAGCCAGCCCCUGGGCCAGCGGGGCUAUGGUCCAGCUCCCACUGGAGGAGUGGGCGCAGUUUCGACAGCUGCCUACAACCCGUAUGGCGUGGCGGGCUUGUCGGCAGGUGCCCUUCAAGGUGUUGCAGGGUAUGCAGUCCAAGUGCAGCAGCCAACUUUGGCGGCUUUGCCUGGUGGCGGAUACGUUGUGCAGCAAUCUGUUCCGGUGCAGCAGGAUGGGGCUGCCGCAGGCAUGGCUCCAGGCAUGGUCAUGGCAGACCCGAAUGCACAAGCUAUGGCAAUGCAAGGAGCUUUGCCCGGAGCUCCUCCAGCCUUGCCAGCCUUGCCGGAUGCGAUGGGCAUGCCUGCUCCUGGCGUCCCCGAGGCAGCAGAGGCAGCACAGGCAGCUGCAGAGUUUGGCCAAGCUCCUCCAGUGCCACCACCUCCCGCACCAGCAGACCCGGCUGUGCAGGAAGGUCAAGUGGGUAUGGCACAGGAGCCCGCAGCGCAGAUCCCAAUGCCCGAGCCUCCAGUGCCAGCGCCACCUGCACCCGAGACCGCACUGCCAGAGGCACCGCAGGUUGCAACCCAGCCAGCGCCAACCGACGCGAACGUGGCUGCGCAACUUGCGGCUAUGGUCCACGGCUCCCAGCCUGCGCCUGCCGAUGUUGCGACGCCGCAGUAA